CUCAAGACACCAAGAAUGAAUAUGAAACCAGUGAUGGAUGGAUGGAUGGAUGACCCUUUAGAAACAUUCCGAGGGAGCGGAGAUCACGACGGCGUUGAUGUCACCUCCUGGGUGUCAGUGUGUCCGCGAGGACUCUGGAAAGUCCAGAAAAAACAAACCGACAAGGGGAGUCAACACCCUGUAUCCAUAUCUGGAGAUGAUGCUUCAUGUUCAUCCAUCUACUGUCCAAGGUUUGGUUCACUGUGUCGAGUCAGAGUGAGGCUUAAAGCUGAAGUGGAUGAAGCAGAGAGCUUAGUAUCUGAAAAGGGAAACGAGAAGCUGUCAGUCCAUUCUGACCAGUCAGCCACUGAGCUUACAGAGGCGGUGGUCACAGCCUUCCAAAGGAGUCAGGACUCUGUGCUGCAGGUCCCACUGGGUGAAUGGACUACGCUGAGGCUAGGGGAGGGUCAGUGUGAUGUCACUGAGGCAUGUUUGGAGGGGAUGGGAGCGGGAGAGAACUGUGAGAUUUUCGUCUCUCCGGUGGGAAAUGGACCAGUUGUUUCUGUUCCCCAUCGAGCUGAGGAAAACCUGCCGUUGCACGCCACAGUAGAACUCAAAGCCUUCACACAAGGCAAGGAAUCCUGGGAGAUGUCUCCGAGUGAAAAGUGGGAGUGGGUGAAGUCGCACAAAGAAAGGGGUGGAGUGAGGUUCAGGAGUGGGGACGUGUGGGGAGCGGCAGACAGCUACAGUCGGGCCCUCAAACUUCUCAUUACUCUCUGUGGGAAGAAAAAAGGACGUGAUCCAGAAGGAGAGGAGCAGAGAGACACAGACACUGGUGAUAAAACACAGCUUCUUCCCUCAGAUGAUGAAUUCAAAACCACCAAAGCAGAGCUCCACUCCAACUUGUCCCUGUGCCAGCUCAAACUGAACCAACCAGAGCGGGCUAAGGCCAGUGCAGCCAAAGCUACUCAGCUGGAACCUGGUGGGGCUAAAGCCUGGUACCGGCUGGGCCAGGCCUGUCAGAUGGUGAAUGAGCUGGAGGAGGCCAGGCAGGCCUUUAAGAAACUGCUGGAGAUACAGCCGGAAUCACCUGCUGCUUUAAAGGCACUUAAAAAUGUAGCAAGUAGAGAAAAAGAGACAAAUGCACAGUUGGGACUAAGACUCAGCAAAAUGUUCAGCUGAAGGUUAGAGAGUAUCAAAUGUUAUUUGGAAAACGGUUUGAUUUUUCUCAUGUUUCAUCAUUAAAAGGGAGUGCAUCUACAGCCACAGCCUCAGCUCGAAAGUGAAGCUAUAGUUCUGUGAAUGGGUGUUUUUUUUCACAACUCUAUGCGACUUUUUGAAUGUGUCUGUAAAGCCAGAUGUGAAAAUGUUUUUCAGAGAAAUUAAUGUAUUAAUCCAGUGGCGGGGACUGCAUGAGAUUGUGGUAUCCUGCGUGGGAGUAGGUCCAAAUGUUGUAGUGCUGCUGAUCGACCACAAGGUGGAGAACUAUGUCAGUAAAAUACAUACAUAGGGUGGAUUGUCCGCUGGUGCACGUCUUGUAGGACCAAAAUGCCGAAACCCGGGAUCGAACCAGGGACCUUUAGAUCUUCAGUCUAACGCUCUCCCAACUGAGCUAUUUCGGCGUAUGAGUACUGAUGACUGUUCCAUAAUUAGUAGAGUCAUGUGUAGCUGUUGAAGAUGUUAUUAUACAUAAUGACAAAAAAUGGCUGUUACACUUUGA